UUCAGAUGCAACUCAAAAUACAUAAAGCCUCCAUGUUGCACAGGGAAUGUAGGGCCAGCACACAUGAACCGACUGCCUAAAAGUGUCUGGUAACUUUAACGCCGAACAACCUGCGGUCGUUGCAUGUUUUUUUUGAACUAGAACAACCAUCUGGGCUUCCAAGUAUUUUCAGCGGUGCUCCAGACACGGCCUCUCAUUUUGGAUAAUCGGAGGUUUGCGGCUAACUCGCUAACCUAAGCUACUUGCUAACUUCAGUUAGUUAGCAAUUUCAGCGUCUUUUCUAUUUAUUUGUUUUUUAUAGUCACGCACGCUCCUCGUGUUGCCCACAAACAUAGUUGUUUGUAGCGAUGGUAGUUUUCGGAAAGCCAUAAAUGACAGCCAUUAUCUGGCUUCCAUUCACCACUGUGCUAGCUGGCUGGCUACCACCGCUGCCACAACCCCUUCGCCUCGGACGCUUUCCUGGCUUCGUGGGCUAGCUGGUUACCUUCAUCUUAAACAGCUAGCUAACAGUAGCUAGCAAAGGAAGCAAGCGCGCUUGUACUAUUGACAUUGUGGGAACUAAAACAGGAAUAACCAAUCGUCUAAAUGGACCACAUGUCCAUAAUAACCCAAGUUUCUAACCCCAAGGAGGAGGAAAUAAUAUCAUUUAACCAGGAAAAAGCGUCCCAGUCAAACAGCAGCCUAAAGAAGCAGAGGAGCCGAGGCAUCUUCAGCACGUUUUUCUGCUGCUUCCGCAACUACAAUGUGGACUCUCCAGCCACCAACACCAACGCCAGCUCCCCGCCUCCACCUGUUGAGGAGAACGGAUCGCCUCCCAAGUGUGACCAGGUCGAGGUCAUCCCUGUCCCUAGUCCGCCAGCCAAAUACCUCCUACCAGAGAUGAAAAUAUCUGACUAUGACAAAAAGUGUGUGGUGAUUGACUUGGAUGAAACACUUGUCCACAGUUCAUUUAAGCCUAUCAGCAACGCUGAUUUCAUUGUCCCAGUAGAGAUCGAUGGUACAGUUCAUCAGGUGUAUGUGCUGAAAAGACCACACGUGGAUGAGUUUCUUCAAAAGAUGGGAGAACUAUUUGAAUGUGUGCUCUUCACAGCCAGUCUUGCCAAAUAUGCAGACCCUGUGGCAGACCUGCUAGACCAGUGGGGUGUGUUUCGAGCGCGGCUCUUCAGAGAAUCCUGUGUUUUUCACCGAGGCAACUACGUCAAAGAUCUCAGCCGGCUGGGGCGAGAGCUCCGCAAUGUUAUCAUUGUUGAUAAUUCACCUGCUUCUUAUAUUUUCCAUCCAGAAAAUGCUGUGCCAGUUCAGUCCUGGUUUGACGAUAUGAAUGACACAGAACUCCUGGACCUGCUGCCUUUCUUUGAGGGACUCAGCAAAGAAGAAGAGGUGUACGGAGUCCUGCAGAAUCUAAGGAGCAGGUAGCAGGACAGCCCACACUACCGCCUGUGCCCACCAGUCUCCUGUAUUGAUCUCUGUUCCUUUCUACGACCGUAUCUCUCAGACUCGGGCAGAUCCUCCCACACGCCCCCUAAGGGGACGCCUUGGAGUCUCACUGUGGAAAACUUCAUCAUAACCCUGUCUCUGAUCUCAUCUCCUGGCGACCGGCUGCCUUCUGAGUGCCAUCAGAAAAACAAAAACAUUCAAAAUCCCAGGAGCACUGUGUCUCACAAAAAUAAUAAAAACCACACCAGAAAGUAUGUAGAGUGUCCUAAGCUGAUAAUAUCGGGGACAAAAUACUAAGAGGAACGAACUUUAAUCUUUAUUUUCAAAUCAACCAAGUUUUACUAUUUGGUGAAGUGCUUAUUUUAAACGCAAGGAAAAAAGAAAAAAAAAACGACAACAAAAACAACUUUUUGUCUGAGACUUCUUUUGUGGUACCACACAAAAGUCUGAAAAGAUUUUGUCCUCAUAUUGUUGCUAUGCAGGCAAUUUCUGGUAGUAGAAAGGACUGUGAUUCUCUUUUCAUACUUAAUGAAGUGCCUUGUGUGACUGUUGUUUAUAUGGGGAGAUAUUUUCUACAUGGCAUAUUUCCAGAGUACUCUGGUCUUUUCACAUACAGAUAUGCUUUAAAGUGGACACACAAAUAUCUUUAUAUGAAAGUUUGAAUUCACUAUUUUGUGUUUUUUUGGUCAUCAAACGCUGGGCAGUUGUCUCAUAGUGUUCUUCUGUUUUCCCAGUAAGCUUGUGCCAUUAUAUAGAUGUGACUUUGUUUCUUUCGGCUUUCAUUAUAAGUAGAAAUGGUUGAUUUUGUUUUAGGAAACGGAGGAUGUAUGCAGUUGCGACAUUCACGCCCCACCUGCAGCAAGUCCAGUAGUUCUUUGCGUUUGAUAAUUUCAUCUGAAAGCUCGGGUAAAAAUGUGCCAUUUCCUUGUCUUUUUUUUUUUUUUUUUUUUAAAUAUAUAUAUAUAUAUAAUUUGCCAAAUAAGGAACUUUUCUUUCUUUUUCUUUUUCUUUUUUAAACAGGCUUCAUAUCCGUACCAGGGUUGAGCUACAACUGUUAGUUUAUUAGUUGUAAGAAUAACAUGAUAGGUUUUAUUAUUUUGACAAAUAGUUGUCAAAUUUGUUUAUGUUUUAAUAUUACAAAAUCAGAUGGCUAGCUUUUAAUCACUUUUUAAAAAAAAAAGACUUUUGUGUGUGUGUGCAUGCACACAAGUGGUGCAGCUUCACCCUUAGAGGGCGGAACUUCCUCUGAAAUUGUACACAUUUGCAAAGGUGUUCUUUUAGUUGUUUAAACUGGUCCAGGAUCUUACAGCAAAUAGGUUGAGUGCCAUGUUUUCAGUUUUUCCAUGUCAUCAGUGUCUUUACAGAAUAGAGUUGAGUGUCAGAGUCUGGACAGUGACAUUAAUUAAAUUAAAUCACACCAUUCCCCUGAUGUACAGUGGUGGCCUGCCCUUGUCCAGCCCUCGUAAUUUAAAAAAAAAAAAAAAAAAUCUAAUGGAAAUGCCACCUGUAGUGUUUAUUUUCCCAGACUCCUUUUUUUCCCUUCCUUUUUUAAACUGCUCUUCACCUCAGUGCCUACAUUUGAGAGGAGCCCAGCAAACCGAAUGCUGCAACAUUAGCUUCCAUGGCAAUAACCGCUUUUAUUUUGGAGGGGGAGGGUGGUUUGGGCACUUGGGUUAGAGCACUUGAAUAAAUUAACCAGUGAGGGUUUGUUAAAGUAAGACCACUCUAACAUUCACUGUCCACAUGAGUGGAUCCAGAAACUGGACAUCCAUGUAAUAUUUAGAUCUACUAGUUUGUUUGUUUUUUGGUCUGGUGACAUGUAAGUGUUGCAGUGCUGAAACAACUUUAAUUUUGAUUGGUUUAUCUCAGAAACAGUAGCCAAACGUGGUUACCUGUGUCUCUAUAGUAAGAAACCGCUGUUGUGGAGCAAAAGGACGCCUUCUAAGCCUGCAGAUGGGUGCUCAGUCCGGGCCCAUCCAGACAGCCCCCUCCUCCAAAAACAAUGUUUGGGUCCAGCUCUAAAUGAAACACUACUGGGGCACUGCAUUAGGACUGUGAACAACCUCAUCGUGGCAUUAAUGCCUUACUGCCUGUGGAGGCACAAAGCAAUGUUUCUUCAUUAUUUCCAAGGUUACACCUCCAUGUUUUAGCAUCAUCUCUCUAGUAUUUUCUUAUGUAGUGCGAAAAGUGAUCAGCCAUAUAUGUAGAGCAUAUUUGGCUCUGGUGGGUUGUGUAACAGUAAAAUGGAUCAUGUGAAAAGCUCUAUGGUGCCAUCUAGGGAUUGUUUGCCUCCAACAAACCUUUACUGCUUGGUUUGUGGGUCAUGGGGUUUAUAUUUAAGAGACACUAAUAAUUUCCAACUCCCCCCCCAGUUAAAAGGCUGCUGCUCCUUCAGACAUUUUCAUUCUUUUCGCAUAAGCAUUUGUGUUGCAAGUGUGCAGCUCACGAUGGUUUCGGUGCAAUGUUUUUGUUUUUAAAUAAGGAGCGUUUGGUCGAUUCUUCUCAACCUCUCAAUGAUGACCUUUCUCUGAAAAUGUUGUUUGUAUCAUUGUGAUAUAUUUUUCUACCUACAUGUUGUCAGUAUUUGGGUUUGAAAAGUUGCAUAUUACCCAUUAUAUCCAGCUUUUUGUUCCUAUAUCCUUUCAGAUCGAUAUUGUCCCGCUCUCUUGCCUUUGGUAAGAAAAAUAAGUCAGGUCUCGUCCCACCUAUCGGGACGAUUGUGAGCGUGUGUGCGUGUGUGUGUAUGUUCGUUCAUGUGCGCUGCCUUUCACUUUUCCUUUUGUCACUUCACUCAUAAUCACACAUUCUUCAUUUUGUAUUAAGUUAACACCAAAGUUCUAAAACACUUGAGUUUUAUUUUAUUUUUUUAAAUCAAUAUCCUCACUUUGCUUUUUUUUUCUACUUUGGCAGCAUGUCAUUCUGAGCAUCACUUUCUCCCCCUUUAUUUUCUUUAAUAAAUGGCUUCAUUGAAACAAUUUUGUCAUGUCUUUUUUAUUUUUCUUCCCCUGCCCCCCGUCACACAUCUGAUGUGGUUCAUGAAUUAAGGCCAAAGAUCCUCACUUCAGUCUGGCGUGACUGCGGUUUCCACCGUCUCUGAUGUACCUCAUAUGGUAUGUUUACUGAAAGUUGAGAGAGAAUGUCACCGUUUUCUGUCUUUUACAGUCGACCUGAUUUAUUUUUACCGUUCCUUUCAGACAUGUCACAAUAAAAGCACAUUUUUGGAGGAUUGUUGCCUGUCUUCUGUCAUCAGAUUAACACCAUCUGUUUCUGUUUAGUCUUAGUGAGCUGGCAGCGGUGGGUUCAUGUUUUCUUAUAACAAGCUGAAAAAUGGCAACGGUGUGAUUAACCUUUGGGCUCUGCUAACCUUGUUUAGGUGCUACAUGGUUAACUCUGUUUGUUUGGUAGUGUACGGUGGAUAUUUAGAGCUUUGACUAACAAAACUGCCAGUCUGGCAACAACCAAACGCUCUUGUGAAGCUGAUGAUGGUGGAAAGGAUAGCUGUCUGUUGG